UAAAUCUUGUUUUUGGUUCACUUUAGGCUGAUCCUGAUUUGACCUGAUAGAGUUCUGUCUGACAGCUGGAUCAUGUUCUCCAGUGUCUGUGACAAACCUCAUUAAUGUUCAGGAACUAGUCCCUGCAGCCUGGUUUCCAAAACUGAUGGACAGACUUCCCUGAGGAAAGGAGCUGUUUUAGUUCUGGAUUAAAGCCCGCAGUGAGGCAAGCAGAUGCAGAGUGACGCUGUGAGUCCGCACACAUGAGAAAUUCAAGUGUGUUGUCUUCUUUUCUUCCUCCCACUCACUCUCGUUUUCUCUUCCUCUUCCUCUUUUGUCUUCCAUCUCUUCCACUCUCUUUUUCUUCCUCUCUAUCUUCCUGUCAAUCCCGCGGUACCUCUCUCAUCCCUCCCCCUUCUGUGGGAAGCUGCCUUUGUGCGCAUGUCGUCGAUGAGUCAAUUUGUGGAGGCAGUGCGUGCACGCAAAACCACACAUACACACUCAUGCACAUCUCCCACAAAGGCAUCUGCUUCAGUCUGUCUCUUUGUGAGAUGCAGCACCAACAGAAGGGGGUGGGGGUGGGGGGCAGCAGAGGCAGGGAGGGGUAAGAAAGGAUAGAGAGGAAGGACUGGAACAAAAAUAAUUGAGUGACCACAGCAGAGGCGAGGAGAAAGACCGGCUCCAGAAAGAAGAGCGAAUCAGAGGAAGAGAUGAUGCUGCUGCAGCCGAGUCCCCCAUCCUGACUUCUGAGGAGUUUGGUUGCUGAGAUGCUGAUUUCUUCCAUCUGAGUCUGAGCAUCUCCACUUUGAGAAAGUGUGUGUUGGUACGUGAACGAAGCCAUGGCGAGCGCUCAGCCAGGGGUCCACGCACUGAAACUCCAGCCUCCUUCCGUCUCUCACACUCUAAGGAACGGGAGCAACUUCAUCAAAUGGGAUGAGGAUCUGUCCACUGUCACACCUGUUACUCUUCAUGUGGAUCCUCAUGGGUUUUACCUCUACUGGACUGACCAGAACAAGGACACAGAGUUGUUGGAUUUGACUGUCGUGAAGGAUGUCCGAACAGGAAGAAGCACCAAAACAGCAAAGGAAGCCAAGCUGCGCGAGUUGCUGGAUGUGGGAAACCUGGUGGGUCGGCUGGAGAAUCGCAUGGUCACCGUGGUUACAGCCUCAGACCUUGUCAACGUUAACCAGCUUAUCUUCAUCGCUUCACAGGAGGAUGAAGCAAAGGUUUGGUGUGAGGAGCUCUUUUCUCUGUCUUCAAACCUUUUGAGUCACAACCUGAACAGAGAUCAAAGUCUGCUGAAAGCGUAUGUCCGCUUAACACUUCAGCUGAACACAGAAGGAAGAAUUCCUGUGAAAAACAUUGUCCGGCUCUUUUCAUUGGACAGAAAAAGAGUGGAGACCACGCUGGACAGUUGCAGACUGCCGUAUGGACGGGGUGACAGCAUCAAACUGGAGGACUUUACUCUUGAAGUUUACAGGAGCUUCCUGGACAGUUUGUGUCCUCGUCCCGAGCUCGGAAACAUCUUCAAGCUGCAAGGAGGCGACGGUGGGACACUGUCCAUCGACCAGAUGACAGAGUUCAUCAACAACAAGCAGAGAGACCCACGGCUCAAUGAAAUCCUGUACCCCCCUCUUCGACCUGCUCAGACUCUAUCUCUGAUGGAAAGACACCAGCAUGACCAGCCACAGUUGAAGCAAGGGUCGAUCUCUCUGCAAGCGUUCUCCACAUACCUGUCCAGUGAUGAGAAUGGAGUGAUCCCACCUGAGAAACUGGACCAGUCUGAAGACAUGAGCUUCCCCAUGUCCCACUAUUUCAUCAACUCCUCCCAUAACACGUAUCUGACAGCGGGCCAGCUGGCAGGAAGCUCUUCAGUGGAGAUGUACCGUCAGGUUCUGCUGGCAGGCUGUCGCUGUGUGGAGUUAGACGUGUGGAAAGGACGAACUGCAGAGGAGGAGCCCGUCAUAACACAUGGCUUCACUAUGACGUCUGAAAUCUCAUUUAAGGAGGUGAUUGAAGCGAUCGCAGAGUGCGCCUUCAAGACGUCACCUUUCCCGGUCAUCCUUUCCUUUGAAAAUCAUGUAGACUCCUUGAAGCAGCAGGCUAAAAUGGCUGAGUAUUGCCGGUCCAUUUUUGGAGACGCUCUGCUGAUUGAUCCUCUGGACAAAUACCCUCUGGAAGCCGGGGUCGCGCUGCCCAGUCCUUCGGAGCUGAUGGGAAAAAUUCUCAUUAAGAACAAGAAAUCUCACAAACCCUGCAGCAGCACAGACACCAAGAGACCAAUCGACCAACCUGCCAGUCAAAGUAACGAACCGCUGUCUCCUAGCAACAACACAGGAGACAUUGAGGCUGAGAGUGAAGAAGAAGAUGAUGAUGACGAUGAUGAUGGUAAAAAGGGCUCGGCGGAGCGGGAGGCCGUGGCAACCGAAGAAAUGUCCACCCUGGUGAACUACGUCCAGCCAACCAAGUUCAACUCUUUUGAGGCAUCAAAGAAGGCUGCCCGCUGUUACCACAUGUCGUCUUUUGUGGAGACCAAAGCUUUGGAGCACCUCACAAAGUCACCAGUGGAGUUUGUGGAAUAUAACAAAUCCCAGCUGAGCCGUAUUUACCCAAAAGGAACCAGAGUGGAUUCAUCAAAUUUCAUGCCUCAGCUUUUCUGGAACGCUGGAUGUCAGCUGGUGGCUCUCAACUACCAGACUAUUGAUCUGUCCAUGCAGCUUAACCUGUUCAUGUUUGAGUACAACGGCCGGAGCGGCUACAGGCUGAAACCGGAGUUCAUGAGGCGUCCAGACAAACACUUUGACCCUUUUACUGAGAACACCGUUGACGGCAUCGUGGCAAACACUUUGUCUGUGAAGGUCAUUUCAGGGCAGUUUCUGACUGAGCGCAGAGUAGGGGUGUAUGUGGAAGUGGAGAUGUUUGGACUUCCUGCAGAUACCAGAAGAAAAGCUUUGAAGACGAAAACCUCUCAGAACAACAAUGCCGUCAACCCAGUGUGGGACGAGGAGCCGAUUGUCUUCAAGAAGGUGAUCCUGCCCACUCUUGCAUCACUGAGAAUCGCUGCUUUUGAGGAAGGAGGGAAGUUCAUUGGUCAUCGAAUUAUUCCGGUGACUGCCAUCAGACCAGGGUACCGUUACAUCGGCCUAAGGAAUGAGAAGAACCAGUCGCUGAUGCUGCCGGCCGUGUUCGUCUACAUUGAGGUCAAAGAUUAUGUCCCUGACACUUUUGCAGACGUGAUUGAAGCACUCUCAAACCCGAUCCGAUAUGUCAACCUGCUGGAGCAGAGAUCCAAACAGCUGGCAGCUUUGACUCUGGAGGAUGGCGAGGAGGAGGCACAGACAGAGGAUGAGGCUGACAGCACUACAGAGAGAAGAGCUGACCUCAAAACUGCCCCGGUGGAAAAUGGCCUCAGCCCCACCUCGAGCCAGGCAGGCCACACCCCUGCUGCUACGACUCCCAAAGCCUCCUCAGCCAAUCAGCAAGCAGCUGCUGCAGAUCCAGCAAAAGUUCCAGUGAAGACAGAGGACCUGGUUUUGAGUGUUUUGAUAGAUGUUCCUCCGUGCUUACUGGAACAUCUGCAGCAGUCCAAGCUUUACUCAAAGGAGCAGAGGCGUCAGUUCAAGGAGCUGAAGGAGCUGACCAGAAGACACCAGAAGAAAACGUCUGAGCUCCUCAGAGAGUUCAACAACAAGUACAAGAAGAUGGCCCGGCAGUGCAGCAAGAGCCGAUCUUCGUGCUCAGAAAGUGAGAAGGACGAGCAGCUGCAGCAGCUAAGAGAGGAUCAGCAGCAGCAGCUCCUGGCUCUGCGGCAGGAGCAGUUCUACAGCCAGAAGUAUCUGCAGAGGGAGCACAUUAAAACGCUGACAGAACGUCUAAGCAGCCUGGCUGAGGAGAGCCACACAGCGCAGAUGAAGAAACUCAAGGACAUCUGCGACAAAGAGAAAAAGGAGCUAAAGAGGCAAAUGGAUCGAAAGAGAACGGAGAAGAUCAACCAGGCCAAGACCAAAGAGAAGCAUCUGGCAGAGGAAGAAAAGAUUGAGAUCAACAAGUCUUACGUCAACGAAGUGGUCCAGAACAUCAAACGAUUGGAGGAGACUCAAGCCAAGCGCCACGAUCAGCUGGUGGAGCAGCACAACCAGCUCCUGCAGGAGAUCCAGGACCAGAAAGUCAAGCUUCAGGCAGCCAUUGAGGCGGAGUUUCAGGAGAAGUUCCAGCGUUUGCCGGGAGAGAUUCAAGACUUCCUGCAGGACAGGAAGAUGGAUGGCAGAAGCAGCAGCAAAUCCCGCCCCUCCACCCCACACGAAACCCUGUCGGAGGCUGACUGAGGGGGAAAAUCCAGAUUAUUAAGACUGUUACUUUAUGGAAGAAUGUUUUCACUGCUUAUUUCCUUUCUGAUUUGAGCAUGCACUUGGUUGUAACCAGAGGUCAUCUUUUAUGUUGAUGGAGACUUAGCAGUUUGAUGUGCAUGACAUCUAUAAGCCUAUUUAUCAUUUUAUCUAUUUAUAUUUUGAUCUAUUCAUCUUUAACAUUAUACGUGAGGAGAGAACAUGCAUGCCAGUCCUCACUGCUCCAAGACCCCAGUGCUCUGUUGUUUUGACAUGUUUAAUCUCAGAUCUGUAAACUCCUCCUCACACACACACAACAUAGACACACACCAGCUGUUGGUGGGGAAAUGAAACUCAUCAGAAAAUUCUCUUAGAUUCAAACAUUCCUAAAGUCGAGUCAUUCUACGGGGUCAAAUCAGGAUCAGCUUAAAAUGAAUGAAAAACAAUCACUGUGAGUUUGGAAAAUAAAACUGAAAAUUUAAAAGCAGUUUGUUUUAAACUGGAAAUAAAUAUUAAAACUUGAAGGAAUU